UUCAUCAGUUGAUGGGAAAACGGCUAGCUAGCCUGCUGGCUAAAUAAGCUUACUUUUUACUACAAAUUCGUGUUAGAUGUUUAUGACAAUCAAUAUUUUAUUUUAAGCAAGUCUGAGUCUUACUGACUUCAGGAACCUCGCGGCUAACGAUAAUGCAAGUCUUUCAUUCAAUAUAUGCAUUAGCUAACUAAUGUUAGCUAGCUACUGUAAAUUGUCUAAUAUUGGUGUGUGUGGCUAACUGUUACUAAACGUAACUGUCUCAUAUUCAUAGUUCAUAUUUUACGCUUCAUACUCUACGAUAACUUCAGCUAGUUAUCUUGUGUGUCAGUCUAAAUCCAUCCAUUUGGAAUCACGGCUAAUGUUAGCUAUCUAACUAGUCAGUUAGCCUGACAGCUGGCUAGCUAUUGAACCGGUUGCAAGUCCUCCAUCAUCACAUCUGCCAGGCAUGGAUUACAUGGAUUACCAGAACACAGCGAAUGCAGUUGGGGACUGUCUUUUGAGCUACACCAAGGACGAGUCUGGGUGGAAAGUCUGCAAGAAAUCGAAUGACGUCAUCGUGUCCUGGCGGCCAUCGACUGAGUUCCCUGGGAAUGUAUAUAAGGGGGAGUCGGUGGUGAAGGGAAGUCCAGAGAAGGUAUGGGAGUGUCUGAAGCCAGUGCCAAAUGGACUGCGGGUGAAAUGGGACAACAAUGUCAAGAAGUUUGAGCUGGUAGAGCAAGUCACUGAGAACGUCACUGUCUGCAGAACAGUCACUCCGUCAGCAGCCAUGGGCAUCAUAGCUCCCAGAGACUUUGUCGACGUUAUUCUAGUGAAGCAAUACGAAGACGGCACCAUUACAUCCAAUGCCACCCACGUGAGCCACCCCAGCUGCCCUCCCCAGUCAGGGUAUGUGAGGGGCUUCAACCACCCCUGUGGCUGCAUCUGUGUCCCCAUCUCUGGGGAGCCAAAUAAAACCCAGCUGUUCAGUUUCUUCCAGACGGACCUGGGGGGCUUCCUGCCUCGCUCCGUGGUCGACUCUUUCUUCCCAUCCAGCAUGGUGGAGUUCUACAGCAACCUGGCCAAGGCCAUCAAGUCCCUCAAGGACCACUGAUACACUCAUACUAUACCUUCCCUUAGCCCUGGUCCCAGAUCUGUUUGUGCUGCAUAACCAACUCCUGGCACCAGGUGAUACUCAGAUCUGGGACCAGCAUUCAGCGGGACCAAAAAACACAGAAUGAUUAGCUAUGUGAAUGGCUUAGUUUUAAAGAGGCUAUAUGGAACUUUUCACCUCAGGGGGCUUUUUAACUGAAAGGGACAGAUUGAUGUAAAUGGAUUUUAAAAAUCCUUAUUUGAGAGCAUGGGGCACACCUCCCCAAGCCGUAUCUUUCUAGACUAAAAAUAACGAUUGUGUUGUUUCAUGAGUAAAUAAAUAUUGUUAUAUCAACCAUACAGGCAACACUCAAGCCAAAAAUGUAGAUAAACAAUUAGCAACUCAACUUCUGUACAGCCUCUUUAGAAGAGUGGUCACCUGGCCUUGGCUUGGAGUAAACUGUCUGAGCUUAAAGGGAGAUGAUAUGAGGGAAGGAAGUGUGCAGCUUGUUUGUCCCAGCACUAACACAGCUGAUUUCAGGUCAUUGAGGUCUUGGUUCAUUUGUGUAAUAAUGGUGUGUUAGUGCUGGAGCAAAAAGCCUGCACCCCUGGUACUGUUGCUCUCUAGGACCAGGUAUGGUGGCCACUAGUGUAGUCUUACAAAAAGGUUGAGGGUCGGUUCUAAUUUCAUUCAUUCAACCCUGGAAAAAGAUUGAAUAGGAAUUUCUCAUAGAGGUUCAUGUGCAAUUUUCUUGAGUGGAAGCGAUUUGAAAUGGAAUUGACCUUAGCCCUGAUGUUAAAGUUGCAAUUUGUAAGUUAUUUUUCCCCCUAUUGUAACAAGAAAGAGUACAAAAACAAUCAUCAUGAACCCACUCCCAAAAAACACACGUUACAUUAUUGGACAUAAUGUAGUUCCUGUUCUUCUUCGUUCGUUUUUUUUUUCUUCAUGCGGGUACACUAGCAAACACCCUGCUUCUUAGUCCUCCAACCGGAAAUCCAACUUACAGACCGCACCUUUAAGCACUCUGGGCCGCACCUUUAAGACUAGAUCUAGGGAGGUCAAUUUUGCCAAACUCUACUUCCAAAACAAAUAUUUCCUGUACAUUUCCUAUUUAGUGAUGCAUUUCCCCCCCUUUUUCCCACCACAAAAGAAUGAGAAUAGAUUUGAAAUCUAUAUUUUGUAUUCAGUGUCCUAAACACACGGAGGAUAUGUCCUCCUUCCCUUUUGUACUGUUGCUGUUGAAUACAGUCCAUUCUGUUCCACUGGCUGCAUCCUACCUACAGUAACAUGCAUGUUGCAUGGACCUUACAGGAACCCCAGAAUGGAAUGGGAUUCCAUUGGGACGAGUCAUACCUCAUUUGUUGUUGUCCGUUGUAUACGGUAGUACUGUACUUGAAAUGUUCUGGUUUAACCUGUCUCCACAGCCCUUUAACCAAUACCUAAAGAUGGAAUAGGGGGAAACGGUGCCACUGGCCGCCCCACCAGCAUUGUCAUUGUUGUUGCUGAGCUGAGGAGCGUCGUGCAGCAUGGUUAUGAAAUGCAGUACAUAUUGUGUUAUUGUAUGGUGCGUGCGUUGAUGUCAGAGAUGGAAAUAACAGUGUUGUUGUUUGCAGUAACUGGAAAGCGUUAUGGACAUGGUUGUUUUACAGUUGAGGAUUCCAGCUUUAACCAGUAACCUUUAGAGGGUCUAUAUACAGCCGGCAGAUGUGUUCUAGUUACAAUAACCCCCCCCCCCCCUAAAACUCUAUCCUAUUCCUAACCUUAACCUCUGCCGGCUUUAUAGAAGCCUAACCUCCAAGCAAGGAUUCCUGCCUCAGUUACUUUUCUCUAUGUAGUAUGUAGAUGUCAAACUAAGAACACUGCAUUAUUCUUAAGCAAAGUUAUUUGCAGUAUGUAUGGGCAAAUGGCAAUAUGAACAGCUUCAUCUAAUGAGGAAUGGACAAAGGAACAUCCGCUCGAUUAGAAGAGCUUCUGAAGGAUUAUGGGUUUUAUUCAGUGGGGUACAACAUGGUAUGUGUCCCAUAAGGCUCUGGUCCAAAUUAGUGCACUAUAUAGGGAGUAGGAUGCCAUUUGGGACAGCUAUGGAUUCCAACAUUUUUAAGCACAGCAGCAGCAUAGGACUGCCAUUCUGGCAUCAGUUGUGACUAGUGUGUCAUUUUACACUGUAAAGAAACGUAUUACCAGCAUAGAGUUGAGAAAACCACUGUCUUUGAUAUGGCACAAGAGGGCAUGGUCAUCUGUCUAGGCCAGGAUGCCUCUCCGUAGCUUUAAAAAAAAUCAUCGGUGAAGGGAAAUAAUGAGAGCAAGCAUCAAUAGUAUUGAGAUACAUCCCUAGUUGGUGGAGGAAGCCUCUUCAGAGUAUUGAGAUACAGCCCUAUUAGGUAGAGAGGAAGCCUCUUCAGAGUAUUGAGAUGCAGCCCUAUUAGGUGGAGAGGAAGCCUCUUCAGAGUAUUGAGAUGCAGCCCUAGAAGGUGUCUUCACAGUGAUGUACAGUCAACCAUCUGCAUGCCUGCUGAGUCCUCUACAUGUAUGAUGAUAAGCCAUUAUACUAAUGAUGUUUUAGAUCAAUCUUUUUAGAAGCCUUGUGGUUAAGUUUCCUUUUGAAAUGAAAACACACUACUUAACGUCCUUUUCUUAUCCCGAGUGGAUAAUAACCUUAACUGACAAACCUUUACAAGUGCAUUGCAUUCCACCUCAUCCACAACCAAGUCCUAUAUGCUUGCUUUUUUUAUAAUCAUUGUUUGCCAUUUGUUGGUGUAAUACUAUGAAGGCAUUGUUUUGAUGUGUGUUAUUGUACUGUAAGUGGAGCCUGAAGAUCAUACCUACCUACAGUGUAUUGCUGUCUUAAUGUCAGAGUACACACGUUGUCUAUUGGUGGCUUGUUUUGAAAAUGUAAUCCAUCAUGCGUUUUGGGACAGAUAUGUAUGUUUUAGGGUACGUGUUGAAUGCUGUUUGUUGUCCUCAGCUCCUGAUUGGAAAGCACAGCUGCUAUGGAAAAUGGCUGCUAUUGAAAUAUACUAUUAGUUCAGUUGUCAAGCAACACAGGAAAAUAACAUGUUUUUUUAGGUCAGGAUUAGGGUUAUGAAUUCUGGUCAUUUUUCAAAAAUGUUCAAGUUUUCCUGAAAUCCCAGUUGGAAGAUUCCUGGAAUCAGUAGGGAAUACGCAGGGAAUCUGGAAAUCCUCCAACCAGGAUUUCUGGGAAAUUGGGGAAAGUUUUGCGACCCUAAUCCUGACCUGCACUCUACUGUACCGUAGGACUGUACUGUAUACUGUAUGUUCCACCCAGCAGGUUUUGUGUUUCACCAGCAUCUGCAUUAAAAACUACUGAACGUUA